UGAGGCUGGAGCAGGGGGAGUACUCUCCGCGAAAACUUAUCUGUGAUGUGACCGAUGCGUGUUACUUUCGGCAGAUCUCAAACGGGUUCUGUAAAGUUAUUUUCGUUAUUUCCGCUGCCCGAUUUGUUUUUGUUAUUUUAAACGAAUUUUACCAACAAUCAGCUGUGACAGAGAGGGCUUCUUGCGGCAAGAGAAACACAACAGAAACUAACUUGGCAUUCAGCCGUCCAGAUGAAACCCCCGUUGAUGUCAGAGCGCUGGAACCGAAUGAGUUUAGGGAACUUGGAUUAACUUGGCCAGUUACUCCCUCAGUUCCAUACUGUGAUGCCUCCGCAGGGUGUGGGAGAAUAUAAACCAGUUUCUGAUUCGGAUGCGCCUCCGGUUCCACCACGGAGGGUUCGGAACAGAAAUUUAUCAAUCGGUGCGCCGUGUCGGCCUGGUUCUUCUCCUGAGCGUAAGGUUAAGUGCGUCCUUGUUGGCGACGGAGCUGUUGGCAAGACAAGUCUGAUUGUCAGCUAUACCACAAAUGGAUACCCCACGGAGUAUGUCCCCACCGCUUUUGAUAACUUCGCAGCGGUUGUGGCAGUUGACGGAAAGCCAGUGCGACUUCAGCUGUGUGACACAGCUGGCCAGGAUGAGUUUGACAAACUCCGCCCUCUCUGCUACACCAAUGCCGACAUUUUCCUGCUAUGCUUCAGCGUGGUCAGCCCCUCCUCCUUCCAGAACGUCGGUGAGAAAUGGGUGCCGGAGAUCCGCUACCACUGCCCAUGGGCCCCCGUGGUUCUGGUCGGCACCCAGUCGGACCUGCGCGAGGACGUCAAGGUGCUGAUUGAGCUGGCCAAGUACAGAGAGCGGCCCGUGGACCCGCAGGAGGCCUGGCUGUGUGCCCAGGACAUCCAGGCCGUCUCCUACAUGGAGUGCUCGGCGCUGACCCAAAAGAAUCUGAAGGAGGUGUUUGACGCAGCCAUCGUGGCCAGCAUCCAGCACGCAGACAGCCAGCAGAGCCAGCGCCAGAGGAAACGGACUCCCAGCAGGAUGAGGAAACUCUCCAAGUCCUGGUGGAAAAAGUACUGCUGCCUCAUGUAGACCCCAGGUACGGGGGUAAUGGGGCAGUGUCGAGGCUCACCUGUACUGUCGACUCA